AUGACAAUAAACGAAUUGUUUUCCCAGUUACAAUUCUCGCAAGAAAGCGCUUUGCCUCCGGACGCUCUGAGGAGAGCACUUGCCGAAACAUUUUUCGACCAGCAAAGAUUUCAAUUGGGAUUCAUGGACGAUGCGUCGGAAUGUUUCGAAAACAUAUUACUCCGAAUACAUUUUCACAUAGCAAACGAAGAGGCUGAAGAUAUGUGCAGUGCGAAACAUUGCAUUCCUCAUCAGAAAUUUGCAAUGACUUUGGUUGAGCAAAGCGUUUGCGAUGCUUGCGGUGCAACGUCCGAACCUUUACCAUUCACUCAGAUGGUACAUUACGUUUCGGCUUCUGCAUUAACUGACCAAGCUCGACAAUUGUCGGCCACUAGUCCGGCACAUUCCGACUUGUUCGGUCAGUUACUUCGAAGAGCCGGAGGAAUGGGAGACAUAAGAGACUGCCCUAGUAAUUGCGGUGCCAAAAUUCAAAUAUGCAGAUCCCUCAUGAAUCGACCCGAAAUCGUUUCCGUCGGAAUUGUUUGGGAUUCGGAAAGGCCGACCCUCGAACAAAUUAUGGCUGUUUUUGCCGCCAUCGGAACCACCCUACGUCCGGGUGACGUUUUUCAUUCCGUCAUCGAUCAAAGAUGGGCGUUGAAUUCUCAACACGCUCUCGUCGGAGUUGUGACUUACUACGGAAAACAUUACUCGACGUUUUUCUUUCACACGAAAUUGAGACUGUGGAUUUAUUUCGAUGAUGCCAACGUUAGAGAAGUGGGUCCCAAAUGGGAACAAGUCGUCGACAAGUGUCGUCGCGGAAGGUAUCAGCCCUUGUUGCUCUUAUACGCGGCUCUCGGAGGAACUCCGGUUAAUACUCAAGACGCACCGAAAUUCAUCACUCCCGUCACGAAUUUACAAACAGCCAUAACACCCAAUCCGGAAAUCAAUAAGCAAACCAUAAGCGACUAUCAGAAUCUGUCUGAUAUGCAAGCAGUCAUCCUUUCGCGAAGUUUAGACGGUAACAACUCUCUACAAAAAGAAAUGGAUCCGAGUUACAUAAGUCGGAAAGCGGUGGAAAAUGUGUUGUCGUAUCAAAAGCAAAUACAUCGGACGACGAGCAGCGGCGGCGGCGGCGGGAAUUUCGAAACUCAAAAAAGACUCAGUGAGAAUAAUUACGGGCAGGGAGACGUAAAACCCAGAUUAAACGGGGGUUUAGAAUUAUACAGAUCGAAUUCAAUGUCGAAUCGGACGUUACCGACGGAAAGUUUAACGGCAUCCAGCAGGAGAAGGGAUUCUGGAAAUUGGAGCGGAGAUAGAAACAGUGCUUCUUCGUCUUCGUCAACGUCAAUGGAAAAUCCCUACUUGUACAUAGUCGGGAAAAUGCAACAAAGAAAUGGAGCCGUGCCACGGAGUCCCAAUUCGAAAAAAGAAAAUGGAGGACAAUUCGAUCAGGGUUACGAUUCUUAUUCGUUAUCUUCGACCGAUUCGUUGCCCCUACAACAAGGUUUAAAGCACAGUCUGCAAUUGGCUCAAAUUCCGGAAGCGAGAGUACCCGGAGUUUACAAUCAAGUCGACUCCGGUGAAAUUUUACCCAUGGGUCAAGAUUGCGAACAACUUUGCCAAGAGGCCGACGAUUUGAUGAACAAGAGUAAGAUGCUGGAAGAUCAACACGAUUACGAAGGUGCUCUCGUUUUGAUUCAAGCAGCGUGUGCCAAAUCUCGCGCUGCCAUGGAUGCUCCCUACAGCAAUCCUGCCAACAUCACGUUAGCAAGAAUGAAACAUAAUUCUUGCGUCGUCGGUCUGAGAAGUCUCCAAAGGAAAAUGAACGGAGACAAGGAUGGAACAUUGGAGGGUCGACACAGUCGCGAAAACAGUUGUUCGAGUGUUAAAUCCAAGGGAAAUCACAGUCGGCAAAAUUCUCGCGACAGCAAUAAGGGACAACAUUCUCAAAAAUUACCGCAACCUGUCGUCGGGGUCCACAAUAUUUCGGAAAAACCGUCGAAAAAUAUCGAAAUAUACGCAACACUCCCGAAGAAAAAAAAUGGCGUCAUGUCGAGGGUUAAGAGUAAAAGUAACAACGAUUCCCCACCCAAAAACAUAAUCGAAGAUGCCGAAUAUUUAAUUUACGAUCGUCCCGGAAGAGACAAAAAUCGUGGAAGGGAUAAAAAUGAUAAAGCGUUGAGUCCGGUCAAGGAGAAAAGAGCGAGAAGCGAAGAGAGAAAUAAAAAAUCCGACUUUGGAUCAUCGCAAAUGACCGGAAAAGACUCCGGUAAAAAACAAACGAAAGAACCGGAAGUGAAAAACACGAAUAAAAAACAGCAUAAGAUAAGAAGGAAAUUAUUAAUGGGGGGUUUGAUUCGGAGGAAAAACAGGAGCAUGCCGGAUUUAAGGGAAGACGAAGAUUUGAAAAAUCCCGAUUUGAAAACUCAAGACGACACGAGCAUAAAAUCAUCGUUGAUGGUGGAGAAACAAUUGUCGGGAUAUUUAUCGGAAGGUCAUUUGGAAUUUGCCGGAAAUGCGACGAAUCCGAAUUUGGAAAGGAGUCGACUCAUGAGAAAAAGUUUUCACGGAAGCGUCGGAAAAUUUUUACACGCGGCAAAAGUUCCGCCACCCCCACCGAUAAGAACAACUUCACAAUUAUCGAAAUCUUCACCCGAACGUCCGAAAUAUCCACUUCCCAACGAAAUGAACCCUUACGGGAAUCACAUCGUUGAUAAAAACGAUCCCGUGCAAUAUGCCAACGGUAACAUAAGUGCACAAAACGAAUUAACUCAAGUGAUCACGAGAGCACAAAUUCAUCAAGAACCACAAAACGAACAAAUGAUGAAUGAGAAUAAUUACGAAAACAAUGGUGCCAACCUUCCACUUCCGCCCUAUCCCAGUCCGUUAAAUUCUGUCGUUCAUUCGAGACAAGCGAGCGAAGAAUUUCCUCCGCCGCCCGAAGAGGUUUUGAUAAUGGAAGAAGCGAGUCUAUUGACUCAACUUCAAAUAAAACGUCAGCAAAUAUUAGCGGAUAAAAAUAAAAUUGAUAAGCAGAAUAAUAAAAUGGCGGAUGGUAGCGUCACCAAUCAGCAGACGACAUCUUCGAAUUCUUUACUCAAAGAACUUCAAGCAAAACUUCAACAAAAGUUGAACAGCAGCAACAGCAACAGCAGAGGAGACUCAUCGGAAGAUAUUGUGGAUUUCGUGGAAACGAUGAAACAAAAAUCCGAUGAUUUAGAUAAGAUAAAUUCUGUUAAAGAUUUGACAUCGAAAUUCGAACAAAUACGAGUCGUGGAAAACAAAGAGAAGAGAGAAGAAGAAAAUUGUUGUAAAACUCGAAGAAGUAGUUCAUCGUCGGAAUUUUACAGGUUGGAAAAACCCAAAAUGGAUGACGUACCAUUAGCGGAAAUGUUGGAAAUGAAUUCGCCGAGUAAAAGAGUCGCCGACAUGUUGCCGACGACGACGACGACGACAAAUUUCACAACGAGCGUAUUAAAAUUAACGGGAGAAGAAGAAAACGAAGACAACGACAUGUUGAGAAGGAAAAAUGGCGGGAGUAAAAAGAAAAACGUUACUUUUUGCGAUCAAGUCGUGUUGGUGGCAACGGCCGACGAUGACGAAGAAGAUAAUUUUAUACCAAAUCCAAUAUUGGAAAGAGUUUUAAGGUCGGCUUUGAACAAGGAUCCGAACGACAAGACCAACAGGUCGCUGUCCCGAACUCAUCCUCUUUACAAAGCAGAAUUUUCCGAUCAAGAAAAAAAUCAAUUGAUAACGAAAAUGACACCGGGAGAAAGAUCCAAACCGCCCCCUAUCAUGAUGCCCCAUCACAACACGAUGAACGUUCCUCAAGUUGUUUCUCACGAGUCAGAAUGUAAUGGUAGACUCAACAAUCAACAAAUUCUUUAUACUCAAAAUGUGGAUCCCAGAUUGAAUCCGACGUACUCGGGAUUACCGGAAAGCGGAAGACCUAAUUCGAGCGACGGUGGAAAAGGAGGUUACGAAACCGAAUAUAUGAGAGCAUCAGGUUCAUCCGGUUACGUUGGAAAGAACGACGUACACAGAAUGAAUUAUUCGCAGUCGCAACAGCAACAGCAAUUCGAUUCGAACAGGUACAACGCACACUAUCCGUUAUCCGAUGUCAAUCGUGGUUACCAUCAUUCGCACAUCUACGGUCCACCUACGGAAGUACCUAGAAGUGUUCCGCAACAAAUACCGAACAGUAUUCAACCGCAACAGUAUUCUCAACAGAUACCUUUAACCCACACGCAAACCUAUCAGUAUUCACAACAGAUUCACGGAGACGGUGCCAGGUUACCACCGCAACAACAACAACAACAGUAUUUGACGCAAGAACAGGUGAAGAGUGGCGGCGGCGGCGGCGGUGGUGGUCAUCCGUACGUUCACGUUCCUCACAUAAGGAAUCAACCCUACGGUGCCAACGUUUCGGAUUUACAAAACGGUUCCGGGAAUAGGUACGUGGAAGUACGGAAACCUACGAAAGACGCCAUGAUGGUCGUCAACGAUCAAAAUUUCGAAUCUGGAAGAUGUAGCGUCAUGCAACAGGAUAAAAGUUCUUCGGUACGGUUACCACUUCAGAAAACACCACAAAUGGCUCGUGCCACUUUAUCGCUAAGUCAAAAUCCGCCAUUUUCAAAUUCUCCAAAUCAUGUUCCGAGGCCGAAUUCAUCGUAUCAAACGGCGGGCGGUGGAUUGCCGGGAGGGGGGGGAGUCAAAGGAAUUACGCAACAGGCCAAGAUGCCUCUUCAACAGGAAUCGAAACCGAUUUUCCCACCCUAUUAUCAUCCUUUGGUAAACAAAGUGACGACGCCACCGCAACAAACGACAUCGUAUCCGAGAUACGAACCUAUAAAAUCAAAACAACCGCCGCAAAAUUAUCCACCCUAUCAACAACCGCCACCCCCUAAACAAAUACCGAUGGGAGGAGGAGGAGGAGGAGGAGUCGGGGUAGGAGUGGGAGGAGGAAAUUGUAAAAUAAACGAAAUGAGACAAUCCCAAGAAAAUUUAUUGCAAGGAGGAGGUGGAGGAAGCGGAACCGGAACAAAAACGAAUCCCUGUCAUUUAUGCAGGAAGAAACAAGUUCCCGUACCUGGUUUGUAUUGUCCAGGUUGUGAUUUUUACAUGUCGAGAUUCCGUCCAAAAAAUAAUUAA